AUGUCCGGACUAGAAGUCGCCGUGUCCGUCCUCUCACUGAUCGAGGCCUCGAUCAGCCUCAUCGGCCAGCUGCACGACGCCUACAAGCGCCAAAAGGAGCACACCAGCUUCCUCGCGGGGUACGCGGAGGAGCUCCGCAGCGCCAAGAGCAUCAUCCGGGUGGACCGGCAUAUUCGGGAGGUGCUGGGGGAUGGCCGGGGGUUGAGGAUUGGGAAUUUGGUUCCUGAUGAUGAGGAGGCGGAUGCUAAACGCGAGAUUCCCCUGAGCCGGGAAGAGGUGGCAGCGGUGAUGGGGCCACCGGGCCCCAGCAGCAGCAGCAGCAGCACGGAGCGGAUCAUCGAGAACAACCUCACGCAGCAGCAAGCCCUUCAGAUCAACGGCCCCGUGGGCGAAGACCGAUGGAAAUCGAUCAGCCGCCUGGUGGUUCGGCAGAACAGAGCGACGGGCACGAGUACGCAGGUCAACUAUCCGGUGUCCGCCUCGACCUUCUACGUCCUGCUGGUCAAUCACCUGGUCAAAUCUGUUCUGGUCUGCGGUUUGCUGUAUAUUCCGCUGGCUUAUCUGUUUCAAAAACAUGACUAA